AUAUGGAGGUGUGCUAUCCCCUCGUGGCAGUUCGUCUGGCAAGUAUGGUUCUGUCCUUGGGCAUGCCAGCUACCAGCCCAGUGAAGAGGGACCAUCCACCAGUGUUGUAUCUGGUCAGCGUGAACAAGGCCAGCAGUCUGGUGAAGACAUGCAGCAGGCUUACUACCCCACCUACUAUGUGUCCAACAAGGGGUAUGAGCCCAACUGGUUUAGCAUUACUCCCUCCCAUCCAAGCACUGGCUCUGACAACACCCAGGAGCCAGGCAAAAUGUCCUCUCAGCUGAACAACCUCCCUAAUUUACAAAGACCAGUGAACCGCAACGCUAAGAAUUGGGUGUUAGUCAAGCCUAACCCAGCCACCACAUUUCCCCAGUCCAAAGGCAACGAGCAAGUUCCUGGGAAGAAGUCUCCCUCUGUCCCUGAGCAGCCACAACAAGCUCCCAGCAGCCAGAAGCUCCCAAAGAUUCCCUCCAGAACCACACCAGUAAAGGGUAUUCCACAGUCAUGGUGGCACUUGGCGCAGCCAGAACAAGUCCCCAGUGGCAUGACACUCCCACAGAUCACCAACAGAUCCAGUGCUCCUGAGGUAGCAGGACAUGUGCAAGGCAGGACACAGGGGUAUUGGGUAUGGGUUUCAGCAGAUUCCUCCAUUACCCUGCCCACUGGCAACCAGCAAAGUAAGGGGAUAACGUCCCCCUCUUUCACUGAGCAGCCAGAACAGGCCCCCUGGAUCAAGCAGAAAAAACAGGUCCCCGAGAUCGCACAGGUCCCCCGGAUCAAGCAGAAGAAAAUGGUCCCCGAGAUCGCACAGGUCCCCUGGAUCAAGCAGAAAAAAGUGGUCCCCGAGAUCGAGCAGCAAGCACAGGUCCCCGAGAUCGAGCAGCAAGAACCGGUCCCAGAGAUCGAGCAGGUCCCAGAGAUUGAGCAGCAAGCACUGGUCCCCUGGAUCAAGCAGAAAGUGGUCCCCAAGAUCGCGCAGCAAGCACAGGUCCCCUGGAUCAAGCAGAAAAAAGUGGUCCCCGAGAUCGAGCAGCAAGAACAGAUCCCAGAGAUUGAGCAGCAAGCACUGGUCCCCUGGAUCAAGCAGAAAAAAGUGGUCCCCGAGAUCGAGCCGCAAGCACAGGUCCCCGAGAUCGAGCAGCAAGAACCGGUCCCAGAGAUCGAGCAGGUCCCAGAGAUUGAGCAGCAAGCACUGGUCCCCUGGAUCAAGCAGAAAGUGGUCCCCAAGAUCGAGCAGCAAGCACAGGUCCCCUGGAUCAAGCAGAAAAAAGUGGUCCCAGAGAUCGAGCAGCAAGCACAGGUCCCCUGGAUCAAGCAGAAAAAAGUGGUCCCCUGGAUCAAGCAGAAAGUGGUCCCCAACAUCCAGCAGCAAGCACAGGUCCCCUGGAUCAAGCAGAAAAAAGUGGUCCCCAAGAUCGAGCAGCAAGCACAGGUCCCCUGGAUCAAGCAGAAAAAAGUGGUCCCCUGGAUCAAGCAGAAAGUGGUCCCCAACAUCGAGCAGCAAGCACAGGUCCCCUGGAUCAAGCAGAAAGUGGUCCCCAAGAUCGAGCAGCAAGCACAGGUCCCCUGGAUCAAGCAGAAAAAAGUGGUCCCAGAGAUCGAGCAGCAAGCACAGGUCCCCUGGAUCAAGCAGAAAAAAGUGGUCCCCAACAUCGAGCAGCAAGCACAGGUCCCCUGGAUCAAGCAGAAAAAAGUGGUCCCCAACAUCGAGCAGCAAGCACAGGUCCCCUGGAUCAAGCAGAAAGUGGUCCCCAAGAUCGAGCAGCAAGCACAGGUCCCCUGGAUCAAGCAGAAAAAAGUGGUCCCAGAGAUCGAGCAGCAAGCACUGGUCCCCUGGAUCAAGCAGAAAGUGGUCCCCAACAUCGAGCAGCAAGCACAGGUCCCCUGGAUCAAGCAGAAAAAAGUGGUCCCCGAGAUCGAGCAGCAAGAACCGAUCCCAGAGAUUGAGCAGCAAGCACUGGUCCCCUGGAUCAAGCAGAAAGUGGUCCCCAAGAUCGAGCAGCAAGCACAGGUCCCCUGGAUCAAGCAGAAAAAAGUGGUCCCUGAGAUCGCGGAGCCAGGUGACGCAAUUAAGCAGACUGUUAGCCCCACCAUCUUCCCUGCUCUACCUCCAUUCAGCUUUAUUUUUCAGAACCAUAACAGCUAUGAACGAGGCAGAGUGGUCUUAUCCAACACCCGCUACUCUCCAGGAGACACAGCUCAGACCUCUGUUAAUGUUGUAUCCUAUGAGGUCAGUAAACCUGUACCGAACAGCCUCUCCUUAGAUCCCUAGUGCUGGAGCCAAAGGUGUGAAGUCUCCUCUGAGGUAAUUUAUGGUUCCUUGUCUGGCUGAGACUCUCAAAUUGAGAUGUUUGGUAUCCAAUUCGCUUACUUAGUUUCUCAGGAAUAAUUGACUGGAUCGUGACCAAGGCUGAAAAAUGCUGGAUAGUCUUCACAUUAAGCCUUCAGAAUGUAAUUUGCAGCUUGGCCCGACUGUUAUUCCUGCUACUUUGUAAUGACCAGAUUCCAAAUAAAACUUUCAAUUGGAAUAUG